AUGGCGUCCGAGUCUUCAGAGAAGUCUGCCACUAUAAAGGAAGCUAUGAAGCGAGAAAGAGCAACCCAAGUCAGGCUUAGUCAUUUUGACAGAUCUGUGGACCUAAAUGACAGGAAGAAGGGCAAACCGCCGUACUCUUACAUCUCUUUGAUAGUAAUGGCCAUUCUGGAAUCGUCCAAUCGACGUCAGACGUUAAGUGGCAUCAUCGAGCACAUCAAGAACAGGUUUCCGUACUACGGCGACAGCUGUCCAGCCAAAGGAUGGAAAAAUUCAAUCCGCCACAAUCUUUCCCUUAACGACUGCUUUGUGAAGACUUUUCGAGAUCCGGCGAAUCCCAGUAAAGGACACUUAUGGUGUCUUCAUCCGGAAAGCGCGCACAUGUUUGAAGGAGGAAGUUUCAUGAGACGAAAGAAACGCUUCAGAAAAGAACCCAGAGCUGAGCUUGAGGAGAGCUGUGUCAGGCCAUAUGCCAACGUCACUCUGAAGCCAUAUCAUGACAUGCGCAUGACGUCAUAUCUCAACGUCACAGCAUCAGAUUUGGCAUCUUGUUCCAUUCUCGAAGACGGGGACCAAGAAUAUUCGUUUCAACAGCAAGCUCUCAAAAUGCAGACUUUGCCCAGCUCACAUUGCAUUCCCUCAAGGGGUGGACCUAGAAGAUCUUUUUUCUCGUUUGUCCCUGACAGCACGCUCUGUCUCGUUUGCGCUGGUUGCACAUGUUAUUACUCUUAA